AUGCCGCCCAAGGGUUCUGCAGCCAGCAAGAAGCACUUCCGCUCUUUGGCAGUCGAUGACCAGAUUGCCUUGCUGAAUCAACGAGCCGACAGCUUGCUCCAAAAACAGCAGCUACGUCUGAUCUCCGAUGUGCUCAAAGAGCAGCCUGAGCUAAUCCUGGGGGUAGUGAAGCACUUGGAAUCCAAGGGGGUGCAGUUCCAGAAAUUGGCAUCCUUUGGCAAGUCCAAGCCCGCCGCCGAGGAGAGUACGGAGGGCCUCGAGGCGAAGCAGACCACAGUGGAUGAGGAUGACGAGAAUAAGGGCACUGGGGGACGACCGCCGAAAGUCCGCAAGACCUCGGAGGUUCAAGACCCUGACCCCAAGAACUGGAUCCCCCAUGCUUACACACGGUUGGACAAUACGAGAGCCCCGAUCCUUGAGGACAUCCUGGCCAGCAUCCAUGAGAUUUCCUUCUCGCCCUUCAUGUUGAAAGCUCUUCGCCCGAAGGGCUCCAAAGCAGCCGACUACCAAAUCAAGCUGCAGGAGUUGCUCGAGUUUUCCACCGGGUUUGACGUUGCGAAGCCUCUGGUUGGUGACCUUCGCCACAUCCCCACAUUGAAGAAGACAUUGAUCGACAUGUCUCAGCAGACAGGCCGUCGUGGAAAUGCUCUCAAGCUGCCACCAGACUGGACUGGCAAGGACGGAAUCUACGAGCUCUCAUCGGACGAGGACGGCGUUGUGUCAGUUCGCCACCGCUACGCCAAGAUCACCGUCAAGGUUCCCACAACGAUGCACUUCACGGAUGACAGCGGUGACCUCAUUGAUGUGGAAGACCUCGUCGUGGACAAGAACUAUUCCCAGGAUAAGGCCGUGAUCACUUGGAGCGGGAGCCCUGAGUCCGUUCUCAUCGCUUCCUUGCCCUGGCCCGCAGACGUCAAAUCCACGGCAGAGCCCAACGAGAAGUCCAAAAUGCAGCCCGAGACGGCUCUGGUGGCAAGUUCGCCUGAGAAGCCUCAGCUACGCCGCAAACCCAGCACGUUGAGCCUGGGGCCAUCGGACGAGGGGAAAAGCCAGGAAACCUCGCCCAUGAAAGCCUAG